AUGGGGAGAGAUGUGAAAAAGUAUGUAAAUAGCUGUGAAGAGUGUCAACGAAAUAAACCAUCUAAUCAAGAACCUACCAGUUUAUUACAACCAUUGGAUAUCCCUAAGCAACCUUGGGAACAGGUUUCAAUGGAUUUCAUAACUCAUUUACCACUUACUAAGGAAGGGCAUGAUACUAUAAUGGUGGUAGUAGAUAGGUUUAGUAAAAGGGCACAUUUCAUUCCAACUCAUUCGACAGUUACAGCACCGGAGGUCACAAAGUUGUAUUUUUGCGAAAUUUUUAAAAAUCACAAGUUGUCACGUGGUAUAGUAUCUGAAAGAGACCCAAAAUUUGUGAGCAAAUUUUGGAAGGAGCUAUUUAAAUUAUUAGGCACUAAACUACACAUGUCUUCAGCAGCACAUCCACAAAUAGAUGGGCAAACAGAACAGGUCAAUAGAAUAUUGGAGGAUAUGUUACGAAUUUAUGUUAAUUAUCGUCAAGAUAAUUGGAACCAGCUGUUAUCAGCCGCAGAAUUUGCCAGCUUAACAGCAAAAAUGUCAAGAAAUGCAAAGUCGGCGACAAUGGAAAUGGCGAAGGAUGCCUUAAUUUCGGCCCAAGAAAAACAAGCAAAAUAUUACAAUAAGGGCCACAGAGACUUAGAGUUUCAGGAAGGAGACCAGGUUAUGCUUUCAACGCAAAACCUCUUACUAGCAGUAGACUUAAAAAGAGUUUCAUAG